AUGCCUGUACAAUUGCUUUGGCUACCUGAACACGAGGCGGAAUUUCAAAAACUGAGUAUAAAAUUCAUGAGUUCAAAAGUAGAAAAACCUGAUGUCUCAUCUUGGAUUCAAGAUAUUGCAAAGAAACGCUUGAAUAUCGCAACAAGUGUAGCAGAAUUUAAAUAUGCUAAAUGUCGCGUUCGUCAGUUAAAAGGACCAAAUCAUUUUCCUUCAAUAGAAGACGAUUUUGAAAAGCAAACUCAUGAAACCUUUUCAAAGUCAGAUCAUAAAUUGGGAGUUCUUUAUUGGAUGAUACGUGAACAAAGAGUACAAGAUAAUUGGGCUUUCUUAUUCGCUCAACGUUUAGCACUGAAAUUUGAAGUUCCACUGCAUGUUGGUUUUUGUUUAGUACCAAAAGUUCAAGCUCAAACACUACGACAUUAUACUUUUAUGAUUGAAGGAUUAAAAGAAGUAGAAGAGGAAUGCCGUGAACUUUGUAUUCCAUUUCAUAUCACCUCUGCGAACACGUUAAACAAACCAAAAAUUAAAACAGGUGUAAAGCGUAAAUUAGCUGAAACUGAUGAUAUCACUGAGGCUGAUAAUGAAUGUUAUUCUGAUGCAGUUGGAGAAUCCUUGUUAAAUUUAAUCAAAAGUGCUAAUAUCGGUUGUAUCGUCACAGAUUUUUCACCUUUACGUGAACCUACAUCAUGGACAAAACGUGUAGCUGAGUUAUUACCAGAAAAUAUUCCAUUUUGUCAGGUAAUAUAA